CGCCAGAACUCCAAUGGAACCUCGCCACUGAAGGCCGCCUGUUGUUGUCCCCCCACCCCCACCCCCCACCCCUUCCCACCCUCACACGCAGCCAUGAAGAGUUCCGCGCACGUUUUGAGGUCUGGUUUGUUACUGCUGCUUCUUGCGGCGCAGACGUUUGCGCAACACGCUCCAGAGUGUUUCACAGGAGCCCAUCGUACACUUCGGAACCCUUACCGGAGCAUCGACUUUGACUCCACUGAGAUACAGAAUACGGCCAUCCAGGACCUGGUCUGUGACCACGCGCUAGCACCGGGCUGGUACCGAUUCAAGCUCAACAACAAACCCGCCGAGAUGCCAACCACCUGCGUUGAGAUGAAUCAUUGUGGAACGCAGGCGCCAGUGUGGCUCUCACUGAAGGACAAGUCCUUGCCGCAGCCCGGCGAGGUCCUCCAGUUGUCUGCUUGUGCCACCUGGCAGUUCUUCCAUGGCAGCACUAAAGACUGCUGCCUCUUCCGCAUCCCCAUCACGAUACGCAACUGUGGCGACUUCCUGCUCUACUAUCUGCAGCCCACUCAAGGAUGCAUGGGAUACUGCGCCAAAGUUGCUCCAACUUUGGCGCCCAGGUUCUGCCCACCGGGUGAGGUGGAGGUCAACGGUCGGUGCAAAGCCGUGCUGCCGUCAUUACCAUCGCGGCCACUCAUCAGCUCAGAGCUCAACGGCCACAGCGUCCACUUAAGGUGCUCCUUCAUCCUGCCGUCAUCAAGUCUACCGCUAGGCUUCCAUGUGGUUUGGGCACGGCACAUCAGCAACAGCAUGAAGGCAGAGAUCCACCAAGAGUCCACAGUGAAGCCCUUCUCGCUGGUGGAAAUGGACGGCGUUCAUUUCAGGCUAGGAGAGACGUUCUUGUGCAGCGUGUCCACAUUCCAAAUCAAUGUCACCCACAGCCGAUCUUCUCCUAGGGAGAGUGAGGCUUUCUACGCCGGGCUGAAGUUUUCUGUGGAGUCGCUUCAAAUAGCAGAGAAUGGCAAGGAGCACGAGGUCAGGGUCCACAGCACGGUGCCUCUCCCCUGCUACGACCUUAACCACUGCGGAGUCCCUCUGGUGCUGGGUGUGCAGAACCCAGAUGGCCUCGGACAUGAGGUCUCCAAUGUGGCGUUGUCCACCUGCCAGGUGCAGCUCCGUCCGACACCCUGCAGCAAGGGAACCUGCGGCCAGGCGUCAUUCUUCAUCACGGCAGUCACUGACUUCACGCGCGAUGGGAACCGGAUCAGUUUGAUCAGCUCCCUGCCCGAACUCAGCACAUCACGGUUGUGGAGGAGCUACAUUCCAAGGUCGCUAAAAGUCACAGUUCAGGACAUUCCCACCUCUAUCUGCUACUCACUGACGGACCCACAUAUCAUUACGCUGGAUGGCAGGCACUACGACAAUUACCAGACUGGCACCUUUGUGCUGUACCUGAGCCUUGCUCGGGACUUUGAGGUUCACUCCCGGCAGUGGCACUGCGGCAGCCGACAUCACGCCGUGGCUUGCAGCUGUGGCAUUGCGGCACGAGAGGGUAAUGAUGUUGCCAUCAUUGACAUGUGUAAUGGCCAACGACAGGAAACGAGGCCCAAGCUCACUGUGAAAGUCCUUGGCGGAGAGCACGGCAAUGGCCGCCAUGUCCGUGUGCUGGAAUCUCAUCAAGGAAAGAAGAUCACCAUUAUCUUUCCCUCCGGGGCCUUUGUCCGAGCCGAUGUUGGCGACUGGGGGAUGAGCUUGUCUGUCCGGGCACCAAGUGUUGAUUACGGAAAAACGCAAGGCCUUUGCGGCACCUUUGAUCGCAAUAUUAACAACGACAUCCAAGGCUACGAAGGCCUCCAUGACGACUUGCAUGCAUUCAUAGAGCACUGGAGGUUAGCUCCUGGUGAGAGUUUAUUCGAUAAAACACCCCCAGGUUCAAGACAAGAGGAAAGGAGACAUUUCUGCCGGUGCCAGAAAGGAUACAGUUCUUUUCCCUCUGAUGGAGAAGCCAGGAACGUGUUUGGUCCAUCCACUCACUCUGACUGUAUUGCACAGGACAAUGUGGAUUAUACAUCUGUGUUUCCCUCACUUGACACCACAAUGGAAUAUGUCAACAGUCAUGAAAGAGAGGGAAGCAUCUUGAACAUGUCCUCCAGUCAUCCUUUGAAUGGGAGGGCCCAUCAUUUCAAUGUCAACAAUGAUGAAGAGUUCAGAAAUGACCAUCUGCUUUCUAACGCUAGAUUGAGGAGACAGACAAUGUUUAAGUUCCAGCUGGCCUCUCAAAGAAUCAGCCAGGCUGACCUGGAGCACCUCGCCUACUUCUUCCCAGAGGAUCACCUCGUAAAACCACGACCGGGGAUCCAGCCUCGGUGGCCCACACCAAGUGGCUUGACCCCUGGCAAAGCGCUGGAGGUGUGCCACAUGGCUUUGUCCAACUCCACAGUUGGCACUGUGUGCCGUGGGCUGCUGGGACGUCGCCUUGAAGAGGCUGUGAAUCUCUGCAUCUUGGACCUACAAUUAAAAGAUGACCUGAGCUGGGACGAGGCAAUGGUUCCCUACCUAGCGAACGAGUGCGAAAGGAGGGUGCUGGAGAACCGGGCUCACAGAGACCACGGGGUGCUCAUUCAGCCAGGGGGCCCAGGGGAGGAGGUGACGGCACUGCGCUGUCCCAAAUUCUGCAACAGCAAUGGAAAGUGCACAGAGUUUGGCUGCCAGUGUCACCAAAGCUUCAGUUUAUACGACUGCAGUGUAACCAUUGCAGGCCAGCCAGUGAAGUUAAGUGAUCUGGAAAAUGGUGGCCUCUGUGACCUCAGAACAUUCGACUGCCGGAAAGUUCGGGUCUUUGGUCUGGGCUUCAUCGCGUCUGAUGGCCUGAGCUGCCAGGCCACUAGACUGAAGAAUGUGAAUGGCGUUUGGAUUCCAGGGGAAAAACAGAGAACGAAAGCCACUUUCCUCAGCUCCAAAGUGUUGGACUGCGGCGUCCCCUUGCUGAGCAGUGCAGCCGUCCAUACAGAAGACUUUAUGAUCGAUGACAAACCGUAUGCACGUUGGGAGAUCAGUGUGACCAAUGACGGCGCCCAAUACAGUUUUGCCAAGGUGCUGACAAUCUAUGACGGAAUUUGUCAGGCGUGCACAGCAUCUCACUCAGGAAUCUGUAAAUUAAAGGACCGGACGUGUAACAUAGAUGGAAUGUGCUUUGCAGAAGGAGACAUAAAUCCAGGAAGCCCGUGCCUGCUCUGUGACCCAGACACCUCCAAAUAUACCUGGUCACUCAACCAAGUCAACCAGCCGCCCGCCUUCCAUCAACCUCAGGACGAGCUGCGUACAUUCUCCGGAGAGGACUUUGUCUUCCAGUUCGCAGCAUCAGACCCAGAAGGCUCAGCUCUGCUAUUUCAGCUGGUUAACGGACCAAAGGGUGCCAUCCUCUCGCCAGCCGGUCUCCUUAUCUGGAGGGUCCCAUCACCACCCGAAGAGGAGUGGCUUCAGUCGACCUUUUACUUCACGCUAUCAGAUGAGUGCAACGCCCAAAGCACCUUAUCUGUUCAGAUCCAUGUGGUACCAUGCGGAUGUCAGAAUGGAGGUACAUGUGUGACUGAUUUCACCUUCCCUGCUGGCAGUGGAAAGUACCUGUGCGUGUGUCCUGAUGGAAAACAGGGUGACCUCUGCCACGAAGAUGUAGACAAAUGUUUGUUGGCACCUUGCGCGGAUGGAAAAUGCAUUAACACUGAUGGUGGAUUUAGAUGCAACUGUCCUGAAGGGCUGACAGGUGCAACAUGCCAGGAAGAUGUAGAUGAGUGUAAGCAGAUGCCUUGUUUCCCAGGAGUCCAUUGUCUCAACAGUCAUGGUUCCUACAACUGUGGUCCUUGUCCCGAAGGCAUGCAGGGAAAUGGUAGAAAAUGCACUGUGGACAUGAGGCCAGCCACCAUCACGCCGACAUUGGCUCCAGGAACUACUGUCCACAAGGUUAGGGAGGUUCUGAUGCAGAACCCAACUACACUUCACUCUAGAAUCCAGAUUUCCAAGAUUAUGCCAAGAGCGGAACCCCUUGGACUGCCACAGGCUCAACCCACAACCUGGAGGAGGGAUUCAGGACUUAGCCUUAGCUCUGUCUUCCAGAAUCAUAUGACCAGUCACACUUCCAAGAAUACGAAUGUGAUAACACCUGACCCAGUCAAGGUUGCUCCGCCACAAAUCUGCACCACCAAUGUAAUGCAAAAGUCAGGAAAACCAGCUGCAGAAACAUGCACCAGCAGGCCUUGCUUCCCCGGCGUUCAAUGCAUCAACAGACGAUCACCGCAUGUUGGUUAUGUUUGUGGCCGCUGCCCACCCGGCCUUCAUGGGAAUGGGCGAAUCUGUAUGAAGAGUGCCAAGGCGGCGUCCAAUUACCUUUCGCAUCAGCAGACAGCAGGCCAAAGGAGCCGAACGCCGCACAGCACCAGCCAGGUGUCCAGCCUCCACUUACCCACUCUGCCUUCUAGAGACAUCAUCAAACAUUUGUCUGUCGCUAGAGAUACCACACUACAUCAGGCUUUGGCUGUACAGAGGGGGGGUGGUACCGGCAGGAGGGAGGUAGACACUGUUGAUGUUGUUAGAUCAACAUUCAGUGCUCUUUCUAUUUAUACCACCUACAUAGACAAUCCCACACCCUCCAGGGGCUUUGUGGUAUCCCGUGUGACAGUCCCAAAACGGUCUGAACAAUCUGCACCCUACAAAGUAACUCCACCGUCUCUUCACCUGAUCACUCAUUCUGGCCUUGUGAUAAAGCCCAGGCAGACAACUCGUCCCCUUCUCAACUAUAUCGUAUCUACCCGGACCAAACCCUGGACGUCUCAAAGACCUGCACGGCCUCUUAAGGGAACUCUUGGAGCUUUGUCUUAUUCGCUGCCUGAGUCUGAGUUACCUGCUGACAGGGAAGAGGCGGCAUUGAUCCCGACAACUCCAAAUCAGACACCCCUUCUCCAGAGCGCAUCCUCCAUCCAAGCUUGGAUUGGUAGUCGUGUGACAGAUGAGGAACAUGUGGUGCCAUGCGCUGGCCGGCCAUGUUUUCCUGGUGUCCAGUGUGAUAAAGCAUUGGAUGGCAGUUUCCGCUGUGGCCGCUGUCCUGUUGGCUUCACUGGAGAUGGAAAGACGUGUCGAGCUGUUUGCAAGCACACGUGCGGACGGAACAUGGAGUGUGCGGCACCCAACACGUGUCUCUGCAAGGCGGGUUAUUCUGGUUCAAACUGUCAACUUGUAACUUGUGAGCCAGCAUGUGUGAAUGGGGGAAUAUGUGUCGCUCCGGGAGUGUGCCAGUGUCCCAGUGGGUUUCAUGGAGAGACUUGUCAGGAAGCUGUGUGCAGGUUGGCGUGUGAAAAUGGAGGCACAUGCACAGGAUUGCAGACGUGCUCAUGUCCUUAUGGUUUUGUUGGACCGCGAUGUGAGACCAUGGUUUGCAGCCGCCACUGUCACAAUGGUGGCCAGUGCGUCUCGCCAGAUGAGUGCAGGUGUCAGCCUGGCUGGAAUGGACCUUCCUGUGAGAGCGCUCUUUGCUCUCCAGUCUGCCUGAACGAUGGUGUGUGCAUUCGGCCCAACACCUGCGAGUGUCCUCAUGGUUUCUACGGCGCCCAGUGUCAAAACGCCAUCUGCACACCACCCUGCAAAAACAGUGGUCUGUGCAUGAGGAAUAACGUUUGUUCAUGCCUGAAGGGAUACACCGGAAGACGCUGUGAACAAAGCGUAUGUGAGCACAUGUGCAUAAAUGGUGGCCGGUGCGUGGGUCCGGAUGUUUGCGACUGUCCUUCCGGUUGGCGAGGAAAGAGAUGUGACAAACCCAGCUGCGAGCAAAAGUGCCUGAACGGGGCCGAGUGCGUCGGGCCAAACACCUGCCACUGUGCACCGGGCUGGCACGGAAUGUUGUGCCACAUCCCUCACUGUCAACAAAAGUGUUUGUACAGCAGCCGCUGUGUGAGGCCCAACGUGUGUGCGUGUCGGAGCGGAUUCUCAGGUGCUUUUUGCUCAAAGAAGCUCCGGUGGCAGGCCGUGCUUUCUCAGAAGCCGCAGGAAGUACAUCCUCUGCUGGGCCUUUUUGAGGACGGCCUUUUUUGAUGCCUUCGUCUGUACCAUAGCAACCCAUGCAGAUAGGUGACCAUCUAGAAAAUGAGUCAAGAUUGUGGUGAUCGAAAGACAUCUGCUAAUCUUCUUCAUCUUCCGCUGUCUCCAAGCCAAUCGCUGAAGAAUAAGACUUUUGUUCCAGAACAACAUGCCAUCUGAAAAAGGCAGCUGUCUAUCUUCUAAAACAUGGCUAACAUGAUAUUCUGUGUAUGCCUAUACCUGAAUGCUGACACUAUUCUUGUCAACAUCACGUUUUUCAUUACCACAUUUAAUUUAAAGGGUCAGCGACAUUUUAUGGUGAAGCUCAGCUAUCCAUUUAUUUAUUUGUUGCCGGUGUCACAGUUCUGUAUAUAUAUUAAUCAGGUACAAUUUAUGACGUCUUUGUGAAAUGAUUGUUUUGUACAAACUAAAAUAAAUAAAGAAUACAAAUCUG